AUGCUGAGGAUCACACGUGAAGCGUGGUUGCAGUUUAAAGGACCUCUCAAUGAGCGGAAAUUAAGACAUGCAUGCUCCACAAACAAUUUAGAUUUGGUUCAAGCCUUACUUGACAUGGGCGUCAACCCGAACUGUUACGAUGAUCAGCGCAGAUCACCAUUACAUCUUGCUGCAUGCCGCGGAUACGCUGAUGUUGUGAAACUACUACUAGACAAAGGAGCAAACCCUAAUCAGAGAGAUUCUCUUGGAAACACGCCUCUCCAUCUGGCUGCAUGCACAAACAAUUUGAGUGUUGUCACACUCCUGCUGAAGGCUGGAACUGAUGUUAGUUCAUUGGACUUGUUUGGAAGAAAUCCAUUGCAGCUUGCUCAGGCAAAGCUGAAAUUGCUACAAAGAGGAAGUGACAAUGAAGAUUCAAAAUUUAUUAAAGGCGAAGUGCAAAAGGUCAUAGACAUGAUGAUGGCAUAUCUGCAAAAGAAAGGCCAACAAAUGGAAAUGGAGCUUUUAACUGCAUUCUCGUCCCGUGUGACCCUAAGCAACUCAAAAGAAGAAGUUGAAACUGAUGUGCGAGACUUGUUGGCGAGUCUUAACAAUUUGACCUUGGAUACAAAGAAAUGA